CCCGAUAAUUUGCAUAACGGCCCCGACGCGUGCUAGGGAGAAGCGGGUUUGUUUUUGAAUCUGCGGAGGCGGCGGCGGCGGCAGCGGCAGCGCGGCGACUGGAGCGCUCAAGACUGAGGAGAUAGCGUUGGCGACGGCUGCGCGGGACGGCUGUGUAGGAAGGAACUUGGUUUCCCCCUCCUUCUUCUCCCGCCCUAAAAGAUUCACAAUGGAUAGUAUAGAAGAACCUCAGAAAAAAAUCUUUAAAGCUCGAAAAACGAUGAGAGUAAGUGAUCGUCAACAACUUGAAGCAGUGUACAAGGUCAAAGAAGACCUUUUGAAAACUGAUGUCAAGCUGUUAAAUGGCAACCAUGAAAAUGGAGAUUUGGACCCAGCUUCACCUUUGGAAAAUAUAGACUGUAUUAGAGACAAGGAAGAGGUGAAUGGCAUUGAAGAGAUUUGUUUUGACCCUGAAGAUGGUAAAACAGAAUGGAAAGAAACACCCUCUAUCCUAAAUGUUAAUGCAAAAAACAAGCAGGAUGACAAUUUAAAUUGUGAACCUUCGUCUCCUAAUAAUGUAACUCCUGAACCAGUGUCUAACCUGACUGCUGAGUUAGCUUCUGGCAAUCCAGCCCCUGGUGAUCUGGCUACUGGAGAUCUAGCCUCUGGAGUACUGGUCUCUGAUGAUCUCAUGUCUGGUGAUCUCACCUCUAGUGAUUGCUCUUCUGGUGAUCCCACCUCUGGUGAUCAUUCCACUGGUGACCCCACCUCUGGUGAUUCCUUCUCUGGUGACACUGCCUCUGGUGAUGCUGCUUCUGGUGAUUCUGCCUCUGGUGAUGCUGCCUCUGAUGAUGCCACCUCUGGUGAUGCCACCUCUGGUGAUGCCACCUCUGGUGAUGCCACCUCUGGUGAACUCGUUUCUGGUGAACCAGUCUCCAGUGAUUGUGCCUGUGAUGAUAUGGGCUCUGAUGAUCCAGCCUCUGGAUCAUUGGCCUCUGUUGAUCAGGAGUCUAGAGCACCAGCCCCUGGUGAUUCAGUCUCUGGUGAUCUAACCUCUAGUGAUCUGGCUUCUGGUGAUCCGGCCGCUGGUGAUCUGGCCGCUGGUGAUCUGUCUCCUGGUGAUCUGGUUCCUGAUGAUCUGGCCUCUGGUGAUCUGGCCUCUAGUGAUACUGCCUCUAAUGAUCUGGCCACUGGUGAAAUGACUUCUGAAUCGGCUUUUCAUCCCACCUUUGAACUGAAUUCAAUGUCAGCUUGUGAACCAGUUCCUGAAACUGUCAGUGUAGAACCAAGUAGCAAUAAAGAUGAUGAUUUUAUUGAAAAAAAUGGGCAUGAUGAAAAAUUAGAGCAAGUUCAAAGUAAGGACUCAACUGAUGAAAAAAGUAAAGCUGAUAGUAAUGUUGAUGCUAAUGAAGAAACUCCAGAAAAAGAUGAUACAAUUAUUUGUUCAGAUCUACCUCCUGAAAAAGAAAAGAAAGUAGAGGAAGAUACUAUUACAGAGCUUGCUCUUGGAGAAGAGGCCAUAUCAAGUAGUAUGGAAGUUAAUCAAGGUGAAAAGAAUGAAGAUGAAAAUUCUGCAGACCUUGUAGAAACCGUUAGUGAAAGUGUUACAAAAGAUGGCAAAAACGAGAAUAUCUUAGAAAAUACAGAUUCUAUGGAAACGGAUGAAAUCAUUCCUAUUUUGGAAAAGCUUGCACCUGCUGAGGAUGAACUUACUUGCUUUUCUAAAACUUCUCUCCUUCCAAUCGAUGAGACAAAUCCAGAUUUGGAAGAGAAAAUGGAAGGUUCUUUUGGUUCACCAUCUAAACAAGAAAGUAGUGAGAGUUUGCCAAAAGAAGCCUUUUUGGUCCUCUCUGAUGAAGAGGAUGUUUCAGGUGAAAAAGAUGAGUCUGAAGUUAUAUCCCAGCAUGAGACAUGCUCUCCAGGAUUAGAAAGUAAUGAAAAGGACAGCAAACCUGAGGAAGAAGAGCAAGUAAUACAUGAAGAAGAUGAAAGACCUUCUGAGAAAAGUGAGUUUUUUAGAAGAAAACGUUCUAAAUCAGAGGACAUGGACAAUGUACAGUCCAAACGUCGACGAUAUAUGGAAGAAGAAUAUGAGGCAGAAUUUCAAGUAAAGAUUACAGCCAAAGGAGAUAUUAACCAGAAACUUCAAAAGGUUGUACAGUGGUUGCUGGAAGAAAAAUUAUGUGCAUUACAGUGUGCUGUGUUUGAUAAGACUUUGGCAGAAUUGAAAGCACGAGUGGAAAAGAUUGAAUGUAACAAGAGGCAUAAAACGGUUCUUACUGAACUACAGGCCAAGAUUGCCAGGUUAACCAAACGGUUUGGAGCAGCCAAAGAAGAUCUUAAGAAAAGACAAGAAAAUGAACCAAAUCCACCUCCAUCACCAGGAAAGUCUGUAAAUGAUGUCAACAGCAAUAAUACUGUGCCCUAUAGAAAUGUAACCACAGUAAGACAGAUGCUGGAGUCCAAAAGAAAUGUAAGUGAGAGUGCACCACCAUCCUUUCAAACUCCUAUGAAUACAGCAUCUUCAACCAAUCUUGUCACUCCUCCAGCAGUUGUUAGUAGUCAGCCUAAAUUGCAGACUCCAGUGACUUCAGGUCCUCUGACAACGACAGCAGUUCUUCCUGCACCCAACACAGCUACAGUAGUUGCUACUACUCAGGUGCCUAGUGGAAAUCCCCAGCCUACCAUCUCUUUACAACCUUUGCCAGUGAUUUUGCAUGUACCUGUUGCGGUAUCUUCCCAGCCACAACUACUACAGAGCCAUCCAGGGACUUUGGUGACGAAUCAACCAUCUGGCAACGUUGAAUUCAUUUCUGUGCAAAGCCCACCUGCAGUGAGUGGUCUUACCAAAAAUCCAGUGUCUUUGCCAUCCUUGCCAAAUCCCACUAAACCAAACAACGUUCCUUCUGUGCCCAGUCCUAGUAUUCAGAGGAACCCUCCUGCUAGUGCUGCACCAUUGGGAACAACACUUGCUGUACAGGCUGUUCCCACAGCACACUCUAUUGUACAAGCCACAAGGACUUCUUUACCUACAGUAGGCCCAUCAGGACUCUAUAGUCCACCAAAUAAUCGAGGCCCUAUACAGAUGAAAAUACCGAUUUCUGCAUUUAGUACUUCGUCUCCUGCAGAACAGAACAAUACUGCCACCCCAAGAAUUGAAAACCAGAUAAACAAAACAAUAGAUGCUUCCAUUAAUAAGAAAGCAGCUGAUAGCACAUCACAGAGUGGAAAACCCUCUGGCAGUGAUUCAGGUGGUGUCAUUGAUCUCACAAUGGAUGAUGAAGAGAGUGCGGCUUCUCAAGACCCCAAAAAGUUAAAUCACACUCCUGUAUCAACCAUGGGUCCUUCUCAGCCUGUGUUACGACCAUUACAACCCAUACAACCAGCUCCACCUCUUCAACCAUCUGGAGUACCAACAAGUGGACCAUCUCAGACAACUAUACACUUACUACCUACAGCUCCAACUACCGUGAAUGUAACACAUCGUCCAGUAACUCAGGUGACCACAAGACUCCCUGUACCAAGAGCUCCUGCAAACCACCAAGUGGUUUAUACAACGCUCCCAGCACCACCAGCUCAGGCUCCCUUGCGAGGAACCGUUAUGCAAGCUCCUGCUGUUCGGCAGGUCAAUCCCCAAAAUAGUGUUACAGUUCGAGUGCCUCAAACAACUACAUAUGUUGUAAACAAUGGAUUAACUUUGGGAUCAGCAGGACCUCAACUCACCGUGCAUCACCGACCACCACAAGUGCAUACUAUAGAUGCUCUAACUUCCAUUAGGGGAAAAGGGGCGCUGACUGCUCCAAACCACUUCCUGCUGAAGAUGGACGAUGAUAUAGGGGGGCAGUUAAAGCUUCCUCAAUCUUAACUCUGGAGGUAGGUAACUUUCCCCAAGCUUGUAAAGCUAAUUGAUUUGCUGAUAGGUUUCAGGUGGAUAUAAGCCUGAGCCCCUCUACAGUAAAGGGAAUGUUAUUUUGUCUAUUUUCAGCAGCCUAAUCAGCCCAUUCUAGCCCAUUCUAACCUCCACAAUGAACAAUCUCCUCCAGAAAGGCAAGCCUUAGCAACUGACUUCCAGUCCUCAGGAGGGAGACCCUCACCACUCAAAGUAUCUACCAAAGCCAAAGCAAAAGGAGCUGUGAGACCAUACCGAGUAUACACCUUUCCCAACUCCCCAAACACCUCAAAAGAAAGACACCGAUGCUCUCUAAUACAACUGCCUUGCUGAUCUGCAGCCUCUGGCACCAGGAAGUAAGAAAAGCCAUUUAGACAUUCAAGCUUGUGCAAGUCUUUUGUAAUGAAGAUGUAAAUGAAGAUUUUUAACUUUAAUCCUUUGCUUUGGUGCUGCAAAAGUAGCAGCGUUAACAGUUCCUUCCUUGGGAAACCUCCUGAACAAACAAACCGUUUUCAGCUUUUACCCUUAACCUUACUGUUUCUGCAGUUCUUACCCUUAACCUUACCAUUUCUAGUUUUUACCAUUAACCUUACUAUUUCUACAGUUUUUACCCUUAACCUUACAGUUCCCAGCUUUAACCUAACAAUUUCCAGUGAUAUCACAGGCACACAUAACAUAUACAGACACAUAGACGUACUGAUAGACAUAAAGAAUUAUUCCCAAACAUGAUUACCUCCCCAAAUUUACUAACUGUACAGUUCCACUUUUUUCACUUUCUUACUUUUUUUUCCCACUUUUCUCUUCUCAUGGGGGCUUUCCUCACCUGUUUAGUUCCACUGUCCCGUACCCUGUCCCCUGUUUGAACCAGAGGGGGAAUGGUGGGGAAGAAAGAUUCCCUCACCUGCUUGAACUUACUUUUCCAUACUUAAGUCCCUGUUCGGGCACCACAUGUUGCAUACUGGCACGAGAUGGGGACUUCUCAUGACCCAGUGCAAGGAGGGAGAGUUGACCUGAGUGGAAAUGGUGGGAAAUUAAAAAAUACAAAGCAAUGAAGAUGGGGAGAGGGACACAAAGAAAGACAGGAGAUGCGAGAUAGGAUGGUGUCGGGAGGGCCGACGCAACUGAUGACUGCA